AUGGGAAAACGUAUGCUACAGAACGUACCUGUGCUGCAUCCGACAGAAGACGAGUUCAGGGACCCCAUCGGGUAUCUUUCGAAGGCGGCAGUGCAGCGGCUGGGACAUGUGUAUGGGAUGGUUAAGCUGGUACCGCCGCGCGGGUUCCAGCCACCCAUGACAGUGAAUGACGAUAUAUUUCGCUUUCAUGUGCGAUUACAGACGCUGAGCGAGCUGGGCCUGCUUAACCGGUCGAGGCUGUUCUUCAUGCGACAGCUCAACAACUUCAUGAUGAAGGAAGGGCAGCUGCAGCGGCCGCUGCAGCGGUUGCCAUAUGCCGAGGCCGAUGGCCAGCGGGUGUACCUAUACGACCUUUUCAUCGAGGUGUUGAAGUUUUACAGCGGGGAACCGGCGGGGCCGGGUGCCGGCAUCCGGAAACGCCGACGGGGACACUCCGAAACAGUGGGUGUGCCUCAACUUACUAUGCGACCGCUAGAUAUGGUACUGUCCGAUACAGGACUGUGGAGGGCGCUAGGAAGGCUGUUCCGUGUUCAGACAAGUUCAGUGUUAUCUAUCUUCACUACCAAGAUCUCCAAGUACUACCGCUUUCUCCAGAGACAAAGUUGCUCUGAUGCAAGCAGCUCUUUCAUUAAGAAACUAAUAUAUCAGGAUGAGCUCCCGAAAUCACUAAUCCAUGACGACUCGUCAGACGAAUCUGAGUCUGAUUCCGAUGUAGAGGACGAUUGUGUUAUAUGCCAGAAGAGGACUACGCCGACCCGACGGGUGGUCUGCAAAACCUGUCGUAACUUCUUUCACAGGGCGUGUGUUCAGGCUCCGCAACAGGAUCAAAAUGAGGGGAUAUGGAUAUGCAACAACUGCAUUGUGGGAAACGGUUAUUAUGGAUUUAAAGAAGAAGAACAUCUUUAUAACAGGGUAGAAUUUAAAUCGCAAUGUGCAGAAUACGAUGCGAAGCAUUUUCCUGAGGGAAAGCCACUCGAUAACAUCGGCCUUUUGGAAGAUAUGUUCUGGGAUCUUGUGCACGAUGUCGAGAAUCGGGCGACCGUGAAGUACGGUGCUGAUAUCCAUAACGAAGGUCCUGGAGUUGUCACAGCGUUUCCGACGCUGGAAUGGGUGCCCCCUCAUAUUACGAAGGGGACACCAGAGUAUGACGCCUUCUUACAGUACGUAGAGCAUCCGAUGAACCUCCUAAACCUCCCCAUGGCCAGAGGAUCACUACUCCCUGUUUUUGGCCGCUCAAUUUCCGGAAUGACAGUACCAUGGCUAUAUAUUGGGUCUACAUUUUCAACUUUCUGCUGGCAUUUGGAAGAUCAGUAUACCCUCAGUGCCAACUAUCAACAUGAGGGCGACCCCAAAGUAUGGUAUAGUAUCCCAGAACAAUCUGCCACGGCUUUCAAUAAGCUGAUGAAGAAUAUUGCACCCGACCUUUUUGAGAAGCAGCCCGACCUGAUGCAUCAGCUAGUCACUCUCAUUUCGCCUUACGAUGAGAAGUUUGAGGCAGCAAAUAUCGCCUGCUACAAGGCUGUACAAUACCCUGGCGAAUACAUCAUCACUUAUCCAAAAUGCUAUCAUGCGGGAUUUAAUACUGGCUAUAACUUCAACGAGGCAGUCAAUUUUACGCUAGACCUCUGGGUCCCUUAUGGGCUAUCUGCUAGUGAGGACUACAGGCUUACAGGUAAACGCUGCGUAUUCGAUAUGUGGGAGCUAAUGCUUAAUGUCUUGCUUCAAUACUUGGAGCGCCCACAGACUCACCAAGAGGCACUCAUCCGUCGUUGUCAUUUGGAACUGCAGAAUAUCUUUCAUUCCGAAAUGAAAUAUAUCCAGUUGCUGAAAGGCAUCACACAUCGCGAAGACGUACUAGUCGGCUCUCGGAAACUCGCAUGCACUUCAGCUUCCGGCCAAGAACAUAUCUUGAAACACGAACCUACAAAAAGCCAGCCGCCAUCUGUCCGCCCGGACUCUAGCGUCUACGACGACGAUCCGGAGCAAAACGAAUGCGAGAUCUUCUGCACAAAAUGUAACACAAUUUGUCCAUUUGCGUUUGUUGUGCACUAUCAUCGAGGCUAUUCUCGUAAGCGCCGCAGGCACCAUGAGAUGAGCCCUUCAAAAUGGAACCGCCUAGCCUCCAAAGGCUCCGUCUCUAUCUUGUGCUUGGUCGACUACGUAAGCCUGCUUGAAAGCAUCGAUUCGGAGGACGGAUCACUUGGCAGCUCAACUUCCGAAGAAAGUACCUGCCAUAAGUUCGAGGACGAUGAAUUGUUCUACAUCAGGCGACCAAAUGAUAUUAAUCGCAUCUUGCAAAUAACGGAGAAGAAGUUAGAUAGUUGCUUGUAA